AUGCCUCCAAAAAUUGCCAAGACCACCCAGGGCGCUGAGCCUGGCGUCGAUCAGGAGAAUGCGUUUCUGGCCAUGUGCCUCCGGAACAUCGACCCGGACUCCAAGAAGGUGGACAUGGGCGCCGUUGCCGAGGCCCUGGGCUAUGGCAAUGUCAAGUCUGCCGGAAAUCGCUUCAGCUCUUUGAAGAAGAAGUACAACCUCCGGGUUGAACUCUCCUACGCCCGUGGUGAUGGCCCUGCCAGCCCCAAGGGCUCCCCUACCAAGGUGCAGAAGCCGGGUGCCAAGCGCGGCCGCAAGCCCAAGGCCCAGCCUGCCGAGGAGUCCAAGCCCAAGGAAGACUCUGAAAAUGCCGAUGACGAGAACACCGGUGACGCAGAGAAGACCAGCGAGAAUGAAGCUUAG